AUGUAUCCAGACUACAAAGAAGUUUGGCUCAUCGCCGCCUGCGUCUUGCUCUUCUUGACCGCGUUUCCCGCCCUCGUCAUUUUCUUCUGUUCGCUAUGCGUUGUUCGUCGCAAGGCCGAUCCCUCGCGGAGAUGGCUGGUCUGGUUUAGAGCUGGAUUUAUCAUGUUUGCAUUGUCCAACUUUCUCCUAUUUGUCGUGUAUUUAUUCGCCGUCAUCUUCUCUGACCUGUAUCAGCCACAAUACGACACCAUCACAUCAACGACCAUUUUACCCGUCCAAGUAGAAUUGGACCUCAUCAGCAGUCUGCUCGGCAACUUUGCAGAGAUAUGCAUGAUCCUGGCGCUCAGCGGACUGGACAAGGGCAUCAUCGUCGCUCACAAAACCGAGACCAGGCGUGGCGAUGGCGAUGUGCUCGCAGGUACCGUGGAACUCCUCGACAAGGUCUUUCACUUCUCUGUCUAUGGCUUGGCGGGCGUCCUUGCUGUUCUUAGUAUCGCCGCGUUUGGGCUUGGCCAGCAUCUGUAUUCCAUGUAUGGACUAUCAAGGAGCCGUAUCGGUUAUGACCACUCAUUUGUUGGGCUGUCGUUCGCGUAUACGAGCCUAGGAAACACGUCAAAGCUCUUGUCUCUGGCUAUGCACAUCAUGGUUCUGGCCAUUGUUCUGUUCAUCACCAUCAAGUCCAUUGCUACGAAGGUGCGCUGCAGGGGAGAUAAGCGUGUCAAACUGGCAUCGACGUAUCUCAUCGUUUGCGACGCCCUAUUCUUACUGCGUGCUGCGUACAGCGUCAGCUACGCCAUCGCUUUUGCGCCGUCGUCAAACACACCACCUUCUGUGUUCACCGUGGUCGAUGUCGUCGCCGACACAUGGCCCGCCUUUGUGAUUUUCUGUAUCCUCUUUGCCCUUGGCAGCAAGAAGCGUGGCCUUUGGUCCACAAUGCAGCCUUCCACGCCUGGGCUGUUAGACAUCACUCCACAGCAGACUCCUCGGAGCUAUUCACACAACACCAGUCAGCCAAGCGACGUGGACCUAGAGUCCAACGCGCAGGAGCCUCAAAUGCACGAGAUGCUCCAAGUCACAUCGCACGAGCAACAGAUCCAGGAGCCAAUGCCUCGGCAUAGCAUACCACGCCGCCCAGUGAACCCACCGCAAAUACAAACACAACAACAGCAAAUACGAGAGACUCUAGCGGCUGAAGGUGACGAUGAUUCGCCUCCAGACUAUUACACCGCUCGCUACCAAGCUCCUCCUCAACAAUCGCCUCAGCAGGCGUCACCGCUGCAACCCGUCGUUGACGACGGACAAGUCCAAGCCGGGCCGUCCUUCGCGCUACCCGCUCAGCAACCCUACGAUGGCAUGGCAAUGUCAAUACCGGGCUCGCCGCCUCCACACGCCGACGCAAUGGGUCUAUAUCAUCAGGCGGACGGCAGAAUGCCUGAGUCACAGCCCUUGCCGUACAACGAGAAGAAUUAA